GUAGCACACUUCCGGUUUAGAAUACUCUGGCCGCCAACCUUGUCGAUCCGUUUUUGUCAUGUUGCGGAAUGUUUUGGUCAGGUUCGUGACUGAAUUUGAGCUUGUGGGUCACGGCGUCCGACGCACGGCUUCUGUGCGAGCUCCGUUACCUGCUUUUAUUACGCCACUGAGGACUCUGACGGACGUGAAGGACGACACGCAGAAGACUUUUGACUCUUCUCUGCUGGACAUCCUGGUAUGCCCGCUGUCCAAGAAGCCACUCAGGUUUGAUGCAAAGACCAACGAGCUGAUCAAUGACGAGCUGGGCAUCGCAUACCCCAUCACGGACGGCAUCCCCAACAUGAUCCCCCAGGAAGCCAGACUCUUACCCAAGUCAGCACCCGCACCAGGACAGCAUAUUCCAUCCUGA